CCCAAUCCAAACGAACACUGAACGACAACACACGAUUGUUUUAGGAGUAAUACUAACCUAACCUUGUAUUCUAAAGUGUUGGAUUUUGUAGUGUUGUCGAAUCGAUCUAACUCGUGUUUAAUAAUUUCAAGUGUGGUAAUAAGUUUAAAGGGUUCUCAAGUUCUGCGAUAAAGUAGGAUGGAUGCAGAUUUGUAUGAUGAGUUUGGAAAUUACAUUGGGCCGGAGCUAGAGUCUGAUGAAGAAGACGACGAUGAUGAUAUUGUAGAAAGGGAGCCAGAGCAGCGUGAUUAUGAUGACGACGGUGUUGACGAUGGGGUGGAGGAUAUGGAGGUUGCGCCCAUGUCUGUGGUCCUUCAUGAAGACAAGCGAUAUUAUCCAGCUGCGCUAGAAGUGUUUGGGCCAGACGUAGAAACAAUAGUUCAAGAAGAAGACACACAAGCUCUUACAGUCCCUCUUGUAGCUCCUAUUAAGAAAAAGAAGUUCCAGUUAAAAGAACAAGAUUUGCCAGAGACAGUUUACAAUAUGGAAUUCUUGGCUGACAUGAUGGAUACACCACAUCUGAUCCGUAAUGUAGCCCUGGUGGGACAUUUGCACCACGGCAAGACAACACUUGUGGACUGCCUGAUCCGGCAGACACAUCCGGGAUUCCGGGAGCCAACAGAGGAACGCAAUCUGCGCUAUACAGACACUCUAUUCACCGAGCAGGAGCGGGGAGUGAGCAUCAAAGCCACUCCGGUCACAUUGCUGCUGCCUGACAUCAAAGCCAAGUCUCACCUGCUCAACAUAUUUGAUACACCUGGUCAUGUGAACUUCUCGGACGAGGUGACUGCAGCAAUGCGUAUGUCAGACGGAGUGGUGGUGUUUGUGGACGCAGCUGAAGGUGUGAUGCUAAACACUGAACGACUGAUAAAACACGCAGUCCAGGAGAAGCUGGCCAUCACUGUGUGCAUCAACAAGAUAGACCGUCUCAUGCUGGAGUUGAAGCUACCGCCUCAAGACGCGUACUACAAGAUCAGACACAUUGUCGACGAAGUGAACGGACUGCUCAGUUUGUACUCGGAUGAGGAAACAGCUCAUGUGGUCUCCCCUCUGCUGGGCAAUGUUUGUUUUGCCUCUGCUCAGUACGCAGUCUGCUUCACAUUGCGCUCAUUCGCCAACCUCUACGCUCAACAUUACCCAGGAGUCAAUGUGAAAGAGUUUGCUCGACGCUUGUGGGGAGACAUAUAUUUUAAUAGUAAAACACGCAAAUUCAGCAAGAAACCACCACACGGCAGCGCACAACGUAGCUUUGUCGAGUUUAUCCUGGAGCCCUUGUACAAAUUGUUCGCUCAGGUGGUGGGUGACGUGGAUUCUACCCUCCCGGCUGCCUUGGACGAGCUGGGCAUUCAUCUGACACGCGAGGAGAUGAAGAUAAACAUCCGCCCUCUCUUGCGUCUUGUAUGUGGGCGAUUCGUCAACGAUUUCAGUGGUUUCGUGGACAUGUGUAUACAACAUAUUCCAUCCCCGGCAGACAGUGCCCGAGCCAAAGUUGAGCAUAUUUAUUCAGGUCCGACGGACUCAAACCUGGCUCAAGACAUGUUGAACUGUGAUCCAGAAGGUCGCCUGAUGGUACAUAGCACAAAGAUGUAUCCCACUGACGACUGUACCUUCUUCCAAGUAUGUGGCCGCGUGAUGAGUGGAACACUGCACGCUGGACAAGAGGUCAGAGUUCUGGGCGAGAACUACACACUGGCAGACGAAGAGGACUCCAGGAUACUGACUGUCGGCAGACUCUGGAUAUACGAGGCGAGAUACAAAGUGGAAGUGAACCGUGUGCCAGCCGGCAACUGGGUGUUGAUCGAAGGUAUUGAUCAGCCGAUAGUGAAGACAUCGACAAUCACUGAUUUGAUCACUACAGAAGAUAUCUAUAUCUUCAAACCUCUCAAGUUUAACACACAGUCUGUCAUAAAAAUAGCAGUGGAACCAGUAAACCCGAGUGAGUUGCCGAAGAUGUUGGAUGGCCUACGGAAGGUUAACAAGUCAUAUCCGCUGCUGGCGACCAGAGUGGAGGAGUCCGGGGAGCAUGUGGUGCUAGGCACCGGCGAGCUGUAUCUAGACUGUGUCAUGCAUGAUCUGCGCAAGAUGUACUCUGAGAUUGACAUCAAAGUGGCAGAUCCAGUGGUGGCAUUCUGUGAGACUGUUGUGGAAACAUCCUCUCUCAAAUGUUUCGCUGAGACUCCUAAUAAACGUAAUAAGAUUACAAUGAUUGCUGAACCGUUGGAAAAAGGACUGGCUGAAGAUAUUGAAAACCAAGUGGUUCACAUUUCGUGGAAUAAAAAGAGGUUGGGAGAGUUCUUUCAAACUAAGUAUGACUGGGAUUUACUCGCUGCUCGUUCUAUCUGGGCGUUCGGACCUGACGUGACUGGGCCCAACAUCCUGGUUGAUGACACCCUACCAUCUGAGGUGGACAAGGCCCUGCUGGGCUCUGUGAAAGACUCAAUAGUCCAGGGAUUUCAGUGGGGCACAAGAGAGGGCCCAUUGUGUGAAGAACCCAUACGGAAUGUCAAGUUCAAGAUCCUGGAUGCAGUCAUUGCUCAAGAGCCAUUGCACAGGGGAGGAGGUCAAAUCAUUCCGACGGCAAGGCGAGUGGCUUACUCAGCAUUCCUGAUGGCCACUCCUAGACUCAUGGAGCCGUACUUGUUUGUGGAGGUGCAAGCUCCAGCUGACUGUGUGUCUGCUGUCUACACUGUACUAGCCAAGCGCAGAGGACACGUAACUCAAGACGCUCCAGUUCCUGGCUCUCCUCUCUACACCAUCAAGGCUUUCAUUCCUGCCAUUGACUCUUUUGGAUUUGAAACAGACCUGAGGACCCACACCCAGGGUCAAGCUUUCUGCCUUUCUGUGUUUCACCACUGGCAGAUUGUUCCUGGUGAUCCUCUGGACAAGAGUAUCAUCAUCAGGCCUCUGGAACCUCAGCCCGCAACUCACUUGGCACGAGAGUUCAUGAUCAAGACUCGGCGCAGGAAAGGGCUCAGUGAAGAUGUAUCCAUUAACAAGUUCUUCGAUGACCCUAUGUUGUUGGAGCUUGCUAGGCAAGACGUGAUGCUCAACUACCCGCUGUAAUAUGUUGAGUGUGCACCAGUCAUUGUAAAUAAUUUAAACUUAAGUAAAUUUUAUAUUAAAGA